AUGGUUGAUCGAAUAAAGGCUGGCAAAGAAAACAACAAUAAGAAAACCCACCAAAGUUUUGUUCUCGGCGACACAAUAGAGUCAACGACGAAGCGGAUCUGGGUGUGGUGCAAAGACCAUCCCGAACAGAAGGACACAGUUCUAAUACUUCUGGACACGGAAGGAUUGGGAGACAUUGAAAAGAAAGUUACUACAAAAUUAUUGUCAUAUAUCUACUGCCAGGAACCAAAGCAACUCGAAGUUAGCAAACCAGUCAACGGAUCAAUGUUCGCCACGCUAGCCAGAAAUUAUGUAGAUGCCCUUGCAAAGGGAGCAGUGCCUGAUGUUGACGAUGCAUUUGCAUCGGUUGCUAAAAUCGAAAAUCAAAGAGUUAAAGAAGAAUGCAUGAACAUGUUUCGAUCCAAAAUGAAGGGGUUACAGUUGCCACAGCCAUCAAAAUUGCUUGAUACACAUUUCACAGACACCCGGUGGACUGCGCUUGAAUACAUGCGUACAAAAGCUAUCAAGGAUGUUGCAAAUGUUGUUGAAAGAAAAGCUCAGAUGGAAAUGGACUUGUUCUGGCAACAGUUUCAAAGACAAAAUGAAGGGGAAUUGGUGAAACAUUGUGAAAACGUACUUUUUGGCUUGGAAUCCAUUAGAAACUUGCUUGCGAGGUUGCAGACCGAAGGUUAUAAUGUCCUCGGAGGCCAUAAAAAAUUCAAACGAGAUGUCGAAACAGCCAGGCAGCAAUACGAGCAAGCUUUUUGUGAUUAUGAACCAAGAGAGGGGCAAGCCCUGUAG